AUGGAAGACAGCGUGGAAAGUAGUCUUAAUGCUGCCGUUGAUAACGAGGGCUUCCUUCUCAGCGCGGGGGCUUCUGAGCCCCUCCACGAUGAAAUUGUGCACAAUAUGAAAGUCUCGCUUUGUUGGGAUCAAAAUGUUGUUAAAUUAUCAAUUGAUUAUUUCUCGUUUAACAAUGUUACAUUUGUCAGUUAUCUGUCUUGUGGCCGGAGUUAUGAUAAAAUGGUUUUAACAAGCGAAUUUAUAAAACAUGGCGUAAGGGUGUCCGCUAAAGAAAUUGAUAAAAAUUCCGAUAUUGAAGUUGAGAAACUACUCCAACGCUGGAACACGAACCUUGGAGUUCUUUUAAAUGGAGAUUGUAAUAACACUGCGGAUAUUCUGGAAACGGCAUCAAGUCUCAAGCUAUUCGACUCUACGCAUGUGUGGCUCGUAUACUCAUUGAAAGCGAGUUCUAUGGAGUACAUCGAUCAAAAAUUUCAAGAUUUGGAGCUUAGUAUAGAUGCAGACGUUGUUCUAGCUACUAAUAAUGGGUCUUGUUACGAGCUGACGGACGCUUAUAAUUACGGGAAAAUUCAAGGAAAUCCUUUAGAGAAACGAUUUUUGGGAACAUGGAAUUCCAACGAAGGUUUAAAUAUAGUCAUUAAAGGCUACAAAUAUUAUCAUAGAUGGAAUUUUAACAAUUUAACAUUCAGAGCUAUUUCAGUGCUCUUAGAAAAACCGAUGAAGUUUUACCCGGAAAUACUGUCCGAGUCGCAGUACACGCCCGGAGUGGCUGCCAUUACUAAAGUAGCUUCCCAGCUGUUGAACAUACUCAAGGAACAGCAUAAUUUUAGAUUUAAUUAUACUAUCGCAUCGCGGUGGAUCGGCUCCCCAGAACCGAACUCGACUUUGGCGGUGUCCAACUCGCUGUUUUGGAAGGAGCAGGACAUAUCGAGCACCAGCGCGAGGAUUUUUCCACACUGGCUGAGCUGGGUGGACAUUUACUUCCCUCCAGUCACGCAUCUUGAAACAAAAUUCUACUACCUAAUCCCGGACAAAGGCGUAGGUGACUAUGAGAACAGGUUCCUGACCCCCAUGUCCGACGGGGUGUGGUGGUGCUCCUUCGGGACUGGUGUGGUGUGUGCUGUGGUGCUGGGUGCUGCUGCGCUUCUGGAGAAAAGAAAAGAUCCUGGAUCUUAUGCGUUCUUCAGCGUAUUUGCUACUACUUGUCAACAAGAUUACGAAGAUGGAAUUCCAUUAUCAGCAGAUGCUCUUUCCAGUCAAGGACGCCGCUGUACUCUUCUAGUAAUCGGCUUGACCAGCAUGCUUCUAUACAACUACUACACAAGCAGUGUGGUGUCCUGGCUGCUGAACGCCGCGGCUCCCUCAAUCGCAAACUUGGACGCCCUUAUUAAUAGCGAUUUGGAACUCAUCUUCGAAGACAUCGGAUACACGAAGGGAUGGCUUGAUAACCCUGGCUUCUUCUACUACAGUGGUUUUAAGAACAUUAAAGAAGAUGAACUAAGGGACAAGAAGGUAAUAGAAGCGAAGCGAAAGUUGGAUCCUUUGCAACCAGUAGAAGCUGGGAUUGCCCUUGUGCGCACGGGAAAGUUUGCGUACCACACGGAGCCGUUCACCGCAAGCCAGGUGAUCUCGCGCACCUUCACGGAGCAGGAGCUGUGCGAGCUGGGCGCCCUCCCGAUGAUGUUGCCGGCGCCCGUCUACAUAUAUGGACAGAAGAACAGCCCUUACAGAGAGUUCUUUGUUUGGAGUCUAAUGCGUCUGCAAGAGCGAGGCCACAUAAAGGCGAGUAACGCGCGUUUCGCCGGGACCAUCCCGCCGUGCUCGGGCGCCAUGCCGCGCGCGCUCGCGCUGGGCCAGGCCGCGCCCGCCUUCGUGCUGCUCGUCGAGGCUGCGUUACUAUCGUCUGUUAUGUUGCUUGUUGAGCGUAUUUGGUAUAGACGUCAUCGCGUUAAGAAAGCGCGGGUAAUUCCGCCCGCGACAUUUGACUGA